GCCCUGCUGGACCUGGCGCUGCCUUCAUCUCCCAGUACCCACAGUCGCCUCGGGCGGGGAUCGGUACCCCGGAGCGCAAAGCCUGACGCGUCCCCCCUUUCUCAUCCCCACCCCCACCUCCCACCGCCCAGCCUCUGGCGGCGAUGAGACAGAGCGGCACCUCCCAGCCCCUGCUGAUCAACAUGUACCUGCCAGAUCCCGUCGGAGACGGUCUCUUCAAAGAAGGGAAGAGCCCGGGGUGGGGGCCACUGAGCCCAGCGGUACAAAAAGGCAGUGGGCAGAUCCAGCUGUGGCAGUUUCUGCUGGAGCUGCUGGCGGACCGCGCCAACGCCGGCUGUAUCGCGUGGGAAGGUGGCCACGGCGAGUUCAAGCUCACGGACCCAGACGAGGUGGCGCGGCGCUGGGGCGAGCGCAAGAGCAAGCCCAACAUGAACUACGACAAGCUAAGCCGCGCGCUGCGCUACUACUACGACAAGAACAUCAUGAGCAAGGUGCAUGGCAAACGCUACGCCUACCGCUUCGACUUCCAGGGCCUGGCGCAGGCCUGCCAGCCGCCCCCGACCCACGCCCAGGCCGCCGCCGCUGCGGCCGCCGCGGCCGCCGCCGCCCAGGACGGCGCGCUCUACAAGCUGCCGGCCGGCCUCGCCCCUCUGCCCUUCCCCGGCCUCUCCAAACUCAACCUCAUGGCCGCCUCCGCCGGCGUCGCGCCUGCCGGCUUCUCUUACUGGCCGGGCCCGGGCCCUGCCGCCACCGCCGCCGCCACCGCCGCGCUCUACCCCAGCCCCGGCUUGCAGCCCCCGCCCGGGCCCUUCGGCGCGGUAGCCGCCGCCUCGCACUUGGGGGGCCAUUACCACUAG